AUGGGGAACACCUUUUUACCCAUUUCUUUAUUCGAAGCAUGCAUCCUCAAAGAGUCCCUGCAUAUUAGAGAGGCAAAAGGGGCUGGGAUAUUGAUAUAUCAAAUCUUGCAAUUUGUUGGUGUGAAGACAGCAAAGUUUUCAGGAGAUCUAAGUGAAGAAGCUCCAGACAGAAACAUCCUCCAGGUCAAUUCUGAGAUCCAACAACAUUCUUCUUUAACAAGUCCAGAUUGUGCCUUACCCGUAUCAACGUUGGGACAACAGUUUUCAUGGCAGCUCCAGUGUUUGUCCUUUAAGACAUUCCCUGACCUCUCCUUCUCUACAGGCUUUCAGACCACCCCAUGGAGGUUGAUUUCUGGCAUCUUAGGAGUAAUGUGCCUUGUGUUGAUGGCUACUUUGGGAAUGUUGCUGAAAUUCUCAGUCACUAAAUCAAGUAGUCAGCCAACACCAUCUCCAGAACCCACCCUAGAACCCCAGGAAGGCUCUGGCUGCUGUCCUUGUCAAGAAAAGUGGAUUGGGUACCAAUGCAACUGUUACUUCAUUUCUAAUGAAACAAAAACUUGGGCAGAAAGCAGGAAUUUCUGUGCUUCUCAGAAUUCCAGUUUACUUCAGUUGAAAAACAGAGAUGAAUUGAGUUUCAUAAAGUCCAAUAUUGCUUUUUACUGGAUUGGACUCUUCUACAAUAAAGAUCAUCGUGCCUGGGUGUGGGAGGAUGGCUCUGCUUUCUCCCAAGAUCUAUUUUCACUCUCACAAAAUUUAAAUAUACAGAAGUGCAUAGCAUAUAACCCAAGCAAAACUGUUUCGGAAGACUACUGCAGAUAUAAAAAUCAUUUUAUCUGUAAACAGCAGCUUUUUUAA